AUGGGUAAAGCAAGAAGAAAUUCAAAUGGUGAUCAUCGUUGUUUAUAUAAAAGAACAAGUAUUUCACGCACUCCAGAUGAACUUAUUAAAAGAAGAGUUGCUAUUAAUGAAUCACUUCGAAAGAAACAUCGCGAGCAGCUAAUUACAGCAAAGCGUUUUCGUAACUUGUCUCGUCAUGAAGAAUUUGAAAGUGCCGGAGAAGAAGAACCCAAAAGUGAGCAGAAGGAUAAUAAUGAUGAUUUAAGUAGUGAUGAUAGAAGCCUUCGUAUAUUUGCUGCUCAAUAUAUUGGUAAAUUUGUUUUGGAACCUGCACAGGCUUUAAUCAAAUAUAUCACAGAAGGUGAUUGUAUUGAAACUUUAACUGUAAAUAUUGCUGCAGGUCCCUAUAAUCUUUGGAUAAAAGCUUCCACUACUGUUCCAUACCUUAUUAACCUUUUAGAUUCAGAGAACAUGAAUUUACGUGAAAUAGCUGCUGGUGCAUUAGGUAAUUUGGCAGCAGAAGAUUUAGGUGAUAUGAAUGAUGAAGACGAUAAAGUUCGAGAAAUAAUUCGUAAUAAUGGUGCUGUUAAACCACUAAUUCGUAUGCUCGAUUCAACUGAUGCUCGUUUGAUACAAUCCGCGUGUUUUGCUUUAGCUAAUUUAGCUCGUGGUGAAGAGGGUCAAUUGCAAGAUUUUUUCUCAAACGAUUUAUCAAACAAGUUAUUAAAGAAUUUGGACACUAAAGAUACAGCCACAGAGGUUUGCUGGGUUAUCAGCUAUCUGACUGCUGUUAGUGAGAGGUUUAGAGAAAAUAUUAUGGAAAAAGGAUUUGCUACACCAUUAGUUAAACAAUUAACAUCAUUAGCUGAGCAGGGACCAGUCGUACUACCUGUAUUAAGAACACUUGGUAAUUUAGUAGAUGCAGACGAUUAUUUAAAUAUCUUGGCUGAGCAGGAUGAGUUUUUACCAACUAUUAUUAAUUUGAUAAAGUCAGAUCAAAGUCAACGUACUGAAGUAAUUCAAGCAUUAGAAGAGCUUGAUAUCAUUAAAUACUUAUCUAAGCUUGUUACUCAUGGCGCAUUUGAUAUUCGUAAAGGGGCUGCUUACUGUCUUAUGAAUAUUGCCAAUCAUGGACCAGAGCAUUUAGAAAAGCUAGCACAUAAACAGCUUUUACCAGCCUUUUUAGACCUAAUAAAAUCUCAAGAUGCUGACAUGAUUAGAUUAGGAUUAGGGUACAUAGAGCUAUUGUUAACACAAUCGCCUAGGGGCAAGGAAGUUAUUGAUAAUGUACCUGAUUGUAUGGAAGCAUUAGCAUCUGUUGCUCCAGCACCUGAUCCGGAACUCUAUGCUUUUGCAAAUAAAUUAGUUGAUGAAUACUUUGGUGAAUCUCCUGAUAUGCAGGAGUAA